CUUUGGCUUUUCCUCACCAUGUAUUCAUGUCUACGUACUUUCUCUCCUGUCUGCCUAGACAUCGGUCUCGAGCCAUAGAUCUUCCUCGGUGUAUUUCAACUGCAACGGGCCGGAAGAGAACAAUUGGACACGGUCAAAACCUGUCUGCUCGGUAUGCACGCUUAGAAAAAUCGCUUCGUGAGAAACAAGCGUUACAAGGAGAUCUAGACGAACUAUCAAGUUCAUCACUUACCGUACCAGAGGAAGCUAGGAAGAAGAAGAGGCAGCAGAACACGUUCAAAGGCUUAGUUAUACCAGAGCUACCGAGAGCUCCCGAAUCAGAUGAGUGCUGUAUGUCAGGUUGUGCUGUCUGUGUGUACGACCUUUACGAGGAAUCCAUGAAGGCGUACAAGGAGAAUGUAGCUACAUUACGAAACGCACUCGUCAGUAUGGGAGUUCCCGAGAACGAGUGGCCUGCGAGCGUCAAGUCCCCUACCGAGAAGGUAGAGAGGAAGAGCAACGUGGUGUUGAGUGUGUUUGAAGAGAUGGAAAGAGCGUUAAAGGAAAAGCAGAAAUCCUCAGCUCCUUCUCGUCAGACCUCCUAGUAUGACUGCGCGUGCAUCUCCAUUUGCAUCCCGUUCAGCGAAGAAUACCAUGACUUCUGAUGUUGUUGAAGGUAUCAGAUGGGUACUGUUCAGCAACAGGUAGAGAAACCUUGGUCAGGUCUAGGAUGGGGUGCUUGCGUUCAGACUUGAGGUGAGUAGAACGUACGAAGAGGGUGACGGGGGUUGUAAACAUUGUGGAGAAAUACUAGAACGGCUGUCGAUGGUUGUAACUUGUGGCCAUCUUUCGCGAGGCAGCCAAUCUUCAACAAAGAACAUGCGUCAGGUUUAUGCGAUACAUUGUCAAGGUACUUAUAUUCAUGGCACCAUAUCAGACUGUAGAGAUAUUACAAUAUAGAGAUAUGGAGAACUUACUCCACAACCUGUC